CCGAGCGAGCAAUAGCACUUUGGAAAAUGACCCAAGGAAGGAUAUUAGUUGGCGAUGAAAUUGGGCAUUACCACCACAAAAGCCACAUUUUUCACCCAGGCUCUGAUAGUUUAUAUUUCGAUAACGUGGACCAACAUACUCUGGAUAACAUUUCUUGACAUUCGGUAGUUUGUGAGCCAUUUCGACGGUUUCAUUUGCGACGGAAAAAGGUGCACACUUUACCGUUAGUUUUUUUGGGGCUUUCUCCCUCGACGAGAAUGUCGCGAAACAACAAAAACCCUCUUAUCCGGAAAAUAGCCAAGCAAGCUUUUAUGACCUAUAAAGGUUUAAAAUGUUCGUCCAACGGAGAUAAUAAAGUCUUUGCCGAAAAACAGGCCAAACUCAUCUCCUUAGUGACCGCGCUUCGGGCUCCGGAUCUCAAGAUGGCUCCCCGGAAAAACAAAGCGACCUCCGGUCCAGCGGAGCCUGACCCCCCCCCGGUCACUUACAUGCACAUAUGUGAGACAGAGGUGUUCAGCAUGGGGAUAUUCCUGCUCACAAGCGGAGCCUCCAUACCUCUCCACGACCAUCCGGGCAUGAACGGGAUGCUGAAGGUCCUCUAUGGCAAGGUGAGCGUCAGUUGCUUCGACAAGAUCGAAAGUGGCCAGACAGUCAGUGCCGCCCCCCCUCGGUUUGAAACCCCUGUGGCUCCGUUCCAAAACGCUUCUGUGCGACGUUCCUUGCUCCGCUCAGUGGCCGAGUACUCGGAGAACAGUGGACCGUGCCUCCUUACACCUCUACGGGAUAAUCUCCACCAGAUCGACGCCGUCGACGGACCUGCUGCUUUCCUGGAUAUCCUGGCACCGCCGUACGAUCCGGAUGAUGGGCGGGACUGUCACUAUUACAAAGUUCUGAAAACCGUGGAAGACCCGGGUUUAGCUGUGAUGGGUAACCAGGAGCUGCAGGAAGAAGAGAAGGGGAAAGAGAAGGAAAUGUGGCUUUUAGAAAUCCCUCAGCCAGAGGACUUCUGGUGUGGAGGAGAGCCUUACCCAGGUCCCGUAGUUUCUGUGUGAAACCUCUCACAAGUGGAAGUGUAGCAGUGCUAGAACAUGUCCUGUGAUAUCAACACAUCCACAUUUCUAAAUCCUAUUUCUGCUUCUAUCAACAUGGAGGACAAACAUAAGGGUCGUUAUUACCUGGAGUGCUUUGCUCAAAGCUAUAAACCCCCCCCCCCCCCCCCUCCCAAAAAAUAAUUGAACUGUGGUUAGGAACCACCUCCUCACAGCCAAAAUUCUACAGGACUUCCUGAAGCACAGCAACUGAUUGUAAAAGUGCUUUUGAUUGUAAAUAUGGGGUUUCUGCUUUGGACAAUGUUGCCUUGUUCAUGUAUGAACGUAAUCUGGAUCUCGAAAAUUUCUCUGAAGUAUCUUGCGAGCGAAUGGUUGUUUGUUUCUAUGUGCCCUGCGAUCGGCUGGCGACCAGCUCAGGGUGUACCCCGCCUCUCGCCCGGAGGUUGCUGGGAUGGGCUGCGAGCGCGCGCCGCGACCCUCGCGGGGUGAGGCGGAACGGAAGAUGAGCGAAUGAAUGAAGAUCUUGUGAAUGCUGAGGGGCAACUGCCAUCGAAGGUCAUACCACAGCACCUGAAUUGGCUUUAAGUGCAGACAUUAUUGGUGAAAAUGAACCAUUUUCUUCACUGGCGUCCAACAUAGCUUCUCACUUGAAAAUGUUUCAAAAAUUACGAAUGUUGCACCUUUGCUUAUACCUACGUUAUACUCCACUGUGCCAGUUGGUCAACGACUCCGUUUACUGUUGAUGCAAUGUAUGUGGGAAACGAAUCAAAUUCAGAGACUCUAGUCAAACAAUUGUCAUUUCCAAUGACUAUUGAUGCAUACGAAAGCCAGCAGGGAUUCUGUCGGCUAGCGCAGGGGAGAACAUGCAAAGGAAAAUAAAUGACUGCUAACUGCUUGCGCUUAUCCCAAGUGUAUUUUUCUACUUAAUGUACAUUUGAGACAGUAGUGUAGUUGGGAAUUUGAGUUAUGGGACGAACGUGUUACUGUUAAGUACAGUCAAAAUGCACUUUGCCAGAGAAUUGUCAUCAACCUAUUUAUCUUGAGUGGCACGUAACCAAUAACAGUGUUGUAUCAUUGAUGCUUCGGGUGUGAUGGAUUUAUGGGUUUAACGCACGGUCUCAGUUUUCAGGAUGGAAACUGUUUGGCGGUCAUUCAAAAAAAAAAAAUAAUAAUAAUAAUAAUAAUGGAGUUUUCAAUCUCGCAAUGAGUGGCCAAAACAAGACGGUUUCUUUAACAUGUAUUUUUUUUAAUUUCAAAAUGGACCCAUGUAAAUGCCAAGAGAUUUUGAACCUGCAUCCUUAUCGCUGUGAAUCAAUGUGCGGUUUGCAGGGGCGUAGCGCCAAAUUCUGGAUUCCCAUAUGUAAGCUUCCACAUGAAACCAAUCCCGACUGCCUCUCUGCUAUUGGUCAAGA